GGCGUCAAAAAAUAUAGCAAGAAUUUCGUGGUUCGUGGAAUAAAGAUGAUUGUUAGAGGACGUGAAUUGAAAAGGGCGACUGCAACAGACUUUAUUUAUCAUGGCGAUGGCAGAAUACCAAAACUGUAUUAAGUAGUAGACGUACAACUCGGACGAGACUCAUAAGACACGGCUCAUCUCGAUCUUCAAGUUCAAACUCAAUCCACCUUGACAAAAUGGAGCAACCAAUCGAUCCGGCGAUCGAGCAAAAGACGUCCGAAAGGGACUUGCAGAUUGUUGAGGCUGUCGUUCGCGGAGACUUGCAGGAAGUCACAUCAUUGCUGCGCAAGCAUGAUGGGGAUGCGGUAUUAGAGUGUUGGGUUCCUUUUGUUUAGAGAAACGCGGAGUCUUUGGUCUUCCUCGGUUCAUCAACAUUAUUCGUAUUCCACUCUUUAACACAACAGCUGCGGUUUCCGAACCAAGUGGAUAUGCAGGGCAAUCCGUGUAUCAAGCUCGCGCGAGAGUUGCCGAUGUUGAAGUACCUACUUACACUACUUGUGCUUGUCGGGAUUUUGAUGAUGGGUGUCCGUGUCCACCAUUGACUGUGGAUUACAACACCGCUACUGUUCUUGUCCUUGUCCUGGUGACAAAACGUACUAAGGAGCAGUUUGGAACUCCUGAACUGAAUCUGAAUCCACUCCGUUUACAGGUUACUCCUCAAAUUCGAGGCCAACCCAAACGCAACGGAUUUUCAUGGUGUCUCCGCUCUGCACCACUGGGCAAGUAAGCCUUCCGCACAUCAAGAAUCUUCGGCCAAGCUCGCCUGUCGGGUUCUGUUGCGGCAUAAGGCUUACGUCGGUGCGAUGGAUGAGGAUGGCAAUACCCCAUUGCAACAUGCUGUGGCUCACGGUCGGUUCGAGACCGCUCAAUUCCUUCUGUCUCAUGGUUCGAAUUUGUGGGUUGAGAACAAGCGCCAAGAGACCGCGAUUCACGCAGCCAUCAGUCGUGGAGAUCGCGCUUUAUGCGGUUUGCUGCUGACGUAUGCAGGACUGGGACAAGAGGGAGCGAGUGCUCCUGGGAUGAUUGAAGGUAUGGCGGAACAAACCUAUCAUCUUCUCAACAUCUGCACAGCAUCAAAUGCAGAGGUUGAUGCGUAACCGUAACACUCGGAGAUGAAAAAUUUUGAGCAUUAGCAUUUCACGACUAGGGUAUGAGAAUGACAAUGACGUGGACUUGAUUUUCAUUUCUUUUGAAUAGAGUUUAUCAUUCUAACUCUCCCUCCACCUCGACAUCGAGCGCAGCGUCCACGUCUGACAGAACCGGAACGCCAAUGAGUUUGGCGACCUCAUCAAAGAGCUGCUCUACGGUGCCGCUGCCAGUUCAUCGUCCAAGCAAGCCAGUAGUGGAUGCAGGUACCCUCGACGACGUGUCAGAGGAUGGUGAUGAAGAGUUUACCACUGAGGAAAAUGUGGAUCUACUGCAGGACAAGGAGACGGACGCUAGUAAAAAGGUUGUGAACAUGAACAAGGAACAAGUUGGCGGUAGCAGUUGUAGUUCUUCCUCCACGUCGGGAGGUACAGCUACAGCCCCGUCAUCCGAAGACACAUCUUCUCCUUCGUCUUCGAUGGAUAUCCUCACAUGGAAAACGCGUCUUGGAGAUUAUGCUUUUGGGCAAGGCCAAUACGAUAUUGCUUCGCGACUACUAGAACCUGCAGCUUUCGACGCCAAAUGGAUUUCCUACAAGGAAGAAAAGAGAAAAAUCCAGAGGCUGCAAGAUGCGGUCAUCGAAUGCUGUGAAGAUGGAGAUCUAGUUGGUCUUCAGGCCUUGCUAGAGAAGGCUGGGAAAGAUGAAGAUGUUGCGGAAGUAGACCUCCACGCUUCUAUUUCCUCAGCAUCAUCCACGACCUCAAAAAUCAAAUCAGAAGGAGCGCAGAAUGCAGGAGAAGCGGUGGGUGGUGAUGAAGGAGAAGCGCUUGUAGAAGAUAUCACAAGAAAGUGCAGCACUACAACAACCUCGAAAAAAAAUCUUCCAGGUGGAACGUCAUCUUCUACUACUUCCUCUUCUACUACUUCUUCUUCAUCGUCAUCGUCAUCACUAGUGAACAUUUUCACAACCCCGAAUGAAGAAGGUGAUUUUGCUCUUGUCUCUGCCAUGGAGAACAAUCAAGAGGAGAUUGUAAUGUGGCUUCUGGACUACUUUUCUUCUCGGUUGUAUGGUUCUGGUAUUUUUGGUAUAGCCUGAAUUUGAUCCUAAGGGUUCUCUUCUUGUUUUCCCUUAGGAUCAAUAAAUUCAGGCUAUACCAAGAAUACCAGAACCAUUCAUAGGUACAUGAAGGACCACGAAGAUGUUGCGGCGCCUACAACUUCAACCUCUCGUCUCCUGAAUGUGCAAGAGUCAUCGAGCGGUGAAACCUGUUUGAUGAAAGCGGCGAGGGUAGGAAGUACGAGCGUGGUGAAGCGCUUGCUGGAGCUGGGUGCUGACAGGAGCAUAGAAAGUGAGUUGAAUCAGACUGCUCUUUCACUCGCGAAGUCCUGGAAAACACCAUGCCUUGGGUUGUUGGAAUAG